UCAAUUCUCUCUAUGUCCUUGCUUCAUCUCCUAUCCAACUCCAGCAAACACCAAGCCAUAAAGUUUAAAAAAUCAACUAUGGCUGUCACUAUUCCAAUUUUAAUUGAUCUUCAGAUCAAUCAGUUCUGUCCCUGUGAAGGAUGCAUUCGAAGGGUGAAAACCACACUCAGAGAAGUUGGUGGUGUCGAAUUGUUGUCGAUGGAUCUUGACACUGGGAAACUCACRAUUUCAACCGCUAAACACCCGCAAGUAAUUCAGUUUGCUCUUCAAAAGAAAUUCAAAAAAGUUGUUGAUAUUCUACCACAAGAAAUCAAUAGGUUGUUCGGUUUUGAUACGAAUGUUCAAGAUAUGGCAGAAGCACUUGUGAAAGUAUCGCAUGCCAAAGGAUUAGAGAGUGUGGAAUACAGACAAUCGAAUACUUURAAGUUCAACUUCAACCAACCAUCUUCGUCUUCAUCUAGAUUACCAACGGCUACAUACCAUGAUGUACGAGGUUCUAAUGGUGUCCGAAUUACAGCUGAUGAUUAUGAAUAUGUUGUGCCACCACCACCGCCACCAACCGCCGAGCCAUCAGCUCCACUCAUUCCCACAACUCAAGAUCAAGUUACUGGAUAUCCUGCUGAUCAGUUUUAUGGUACUUUCUCAAAAACCUCAAGAAACCAUCAUUCGCAUGAUUGUUGCACCAUUCUUUGAGCAAACCAGAUUUUGUUAUAUGUGGUUGUGCUUUAUAUGCGAGCUUGGAGCCCUCUUCGAUUGUUUUAAUCCUCGAUCAUGGUUUUUAGUUUUUUUUUUUUGUUCUACGUUUUUACGCUUAUACUCGAAAUUAGGGAUCAUAUGUUUGUAUGUGCAACUUGGGGUUUGGACAUAUUGUCGUACACCCCCAACAACAUUAUACUUGUUUG